UCCGGCGGGGCGGGGCGGCGCGGCCCGCCACCAUGGAGCCGCAGCGCCGGGAGCUGCUCGCCCAGUGUCAGCAGAGCCUGGCCCAGGCCAUGACGGAGGUGGAGACCGUGCUCGGGCUGCUCGAGGCCGCGGGAGCGCUCAGCCCCGGCGAGCGGCGGCAGCUGGACGAGGAGGCGGGAGGCGCCAAGGCGGAGCUGCUGCUCAAGCUGCUCCUGGCCAAGGAGCGGGACCACUUCCAGGACCUGCGGGCGGCGCUGGAGAAGACGCAGCCUCACCUGCUGCCCAUUCUCUACCUGAACGGCGUCGUCGGGCCGCCGCAGCCCGCCGAGGGCGCGGGCUCCACCUACAGCGUCCUGUCCACCAUGCCCUCCGACUCCGAGAGCAGCAGCUCCCUCAGCAGCGUGGGCACCCCCGGGAAGGCACCGUCCCCGCCACCCCUCCUCACUGACCAGCAGGUGAACGAGAAGGUGGAGAGCCUUUCCCUCCAGCUGCGGCUGAUGACGCGGGAGAGGAACGAGCUGCGCAAGCGCCUGGCUUUUGCGACACAUGGGACGGCCUUUGACAAAAGGCCCUACCACAGGCUCAAUCCCGACUACGAGCGGCUGAAGAUCCAGUGUGUGCGGGCCAUGUCGGACCUGCAGAGCCUGCAGAACCAGCACACCAAUGCCCUGAAGAGGUGCGAGGAGGUGGCCAAGGAGACCGACUUCUACCACACACUCCACAGCCGACUCCUGAGUGCCCAGACACAGCUGAAGGACGACGUGGACAUGCUGCGGCGGGAGAACGGACAGCUACUGCGGGAGCGUAACCUGCUGCAGCAGUCGUGGGAGGACAUGAAGCGGCUCCACGAGGAGGACCAGAAGGAGAUCGGCGACCUCCGGGCCCAGCAGCAGCAGGUGUUGAAGCACAACGGGUCAUCCGAGAUUCUCAACAAGCUGUACGACACGGCCAUGGACAAGCUGGAGGUGGUUAAGAAGGACUAUGACGCCCUGCGGAAGAGGUACAGCGAGAAAGUCGCCAUCCACAACUCAGACCUGAGCCGCCUGGAGCAGCUCGGGGAGGAGAACCAGCGCCUGCUGAAGCAGACGGAGAUGCUGACCCAGCAGAGGGACACAGCCAUCCAGCUGCAGCAUCAGUGCGCCCUCUCCCUGCGGAGGUUCGAGGCGAUCCACCACGAGCUGAACAAGGCCACGGCCCAGAACAAGGACCUGCAGUGGGAGAUGGAGCUGCUGCAGUCGGAGCUGACGGAGCUGAGGACCACGCAGGUGAAGACAGCGAAGGAGUCAGAGAAGUACCGGGAGGAGCGGGACGCCGUGUACAGCGAGUACAAGCUCAUCAUGAGCGAGCGCGACCAGGUCAUCUCCGAGCUGGACAAGCUGCAGACCGAGGUGGAGCUGGCUGAGUCCAAGCUCAAGAGCAGCACGUCUGAGAAGAAGGCGGCCAGCGAGGAGAUGGAGGCACUGCGGCAGAUCAAAGACACGGUGACAAUGGACGCCGGGAGAGCCAACAAGGAGGUUGAAAUCCUUCGAAAGCAGUGUAAGGCUCUGUGCCAGGAGCUGAAGGAAGCCCUCCAGGAGGCAGAUGUGGCCAAGUGCCGGCGAGACUGGGCUUUCCAAGAGCGAGACAAAAUCGUGGCAGAGCGUGACAGCAUCCGGACGCUGUGCGACAACCUGAGGCGGGAGCGGGACCGGGCGGUGAGCGAGCUGGCCGAGGCCCUGCGCAGCCUGGACGACACUCGCAAGCAGAAGAAUGACGUCAGCCGCGAGCUCAAGGAGCUGAAGGAGCAGAUGGAAUCCCAGCUGGAAAAGGAGGCCCGGUUCCGGCAGCUGAUGGCCCACAGCUCCCACGACUCAGCCAUUGACACGGAUUCCAUGGAGUGGGAAACGGAAGUCGUAGAGUUCGAAAGGGAGACGGAGGAGAUUGACUUGAAAGCGCUGGGGUUUGAUAUGGCGGAAGGUGUGAAUGAGCCUUGUUUCCCCGGGGACUGUGGCAUAUUUGUCACCAAAGUAGACAAAGGAAGCAUUGCUGAUGGCCGCUUAAGGGUCAACGACUGGCUGCUGAGAAUCAAUGACGUGGACCUCAUCAACAAGGACAAGAAGCAGGCCCUCAAGGCUCUGCUCAACGGAGAGGGGGCUAUCAACAUGGUCGUGCGGCGGAGGAAGUCCCUGGGUGGGAAGGUGGUGACGCCACUGCACAUCAACCUCAGUGGACAGAAAGACAGCGGCAUCAGUCUGGAGAACGGAGUGUACGCCGCCGCCGUGGUGCCCGGAAGCCCUGCCGCCAAAGAAGGGUCUCUUGCCGUGGGAGACAGGAUUGUGGCGAUCAACGGCAUUGCACUGGACAACAAGUCUCUGAACGAAUGUGAAUCUCUGCUGCGCAGCUGCCAGGGCGCCCUGACCCUCUCGCUCCUGAAGGUGUUUCCUCAGAGCUCCUCGUGGAGCGGCCAGAACAUCUUUGAGAAUAUCAAGGACUCUGAUAAGAUGUUGGGUUUCCGCACCCAGGGACCAGAGGUCCAGGCUCACAGCAAGCGGAACCUGACACAGCACAGUAGCUCCACGCAGACGGACGUCUUCUACGAAGACAGGCUGGAGGACGGGAGGGAGCCCGGGCCCCCAGGAGGCAGCAGCUCCUUCCUGCACAAGCCGUUCCCUGGGGGGCCCUUUCAGGUCUCCCCGCAGGCCUGUCCCAGCACCUCCGAGCGUAGCCUGAGUUCCUUCCGUUCUGACGCCUCUGGGGAGCGUGGCUGUGGGCUGGUGGACGUGCGUGGCCGGCGGCCACUGCUGCCCUUCGAGACGGAGGUGGGCUCCUGUGGGGUGGGGGAGGCCCCUCUGGAUAAGGCGGACCCUGAGGGCUCCAACAGCGGCGGGACCUGGCCCAAGGCCGUGCUCGGCUCCACGGCGGGGCCCGAGAAGCUCUCCGUUUAUAAGAAGCCAAAGCAAAGGAAGUCCAUCUUUGACCCUAACACUUUCAAACGUCCCCAGACACCCCCCAAAAUAGACUACCUGCUCCCAGGCCCUGGGCCUGCUCACUCCCCCCAGCCCUCCAAGAGGGUGGGGCCUCUGACACCCCCAAAACCUCCCAGGAGGAGUGACUCCAUUAAGUUCCAGCACAGGCUGGAAACUAGUUCCGAGUCAGAGGCCACUCUGGUGGGCAGCUCCCCAUCCACCAGCCCCCCGAGCGCCCUGCCCCCCAACGCGGACCCCGGGGAGCCCAUGCACGCAUCACCCCCUCGCAAGGCCAGGGUCCGCAUCGCUUCCAGCUACUACCCUGAAGGAGACGGGGACUCCUCCUUGCCAGCGAAGAAGUCCUGCGACGAGGACCUCACUUCCCAGAAGGUGGACGAGCUGGGGCAGAAGCGGCGCCGGCCAAAGUCUGCUCCCAGUUUUCGGCCCAAGCUUGCUCCGGUAGUGAUUCCUGCCCAGUUCCUGGAGGAGCAGAAGUACGUCCCAGCCGGUGGAGAACUCUCCCUGGAGCUGCAGGAGUGGGCGCCAUACUCGCCAGGGCAUUCCAGCCGGCACAGUAACCCCCCACUGUACCCCAGCAGGCCGUCUGCGGGCACUGUUCCCCGGAGUCUGACCCCCAGCACCACCGUGAGCUCCAUCCUGCGGAACCCCAUCUACACUGUGCGCAGCCACAGGGUCGGCCCCUGCAGCUCGCCACCUGUGCCCCGCGAUGUCGCCCCUCAGGGUUUGCUUCCCAGCCAGCACCAGGGACGUCUGAGCCUGGACCUGAGCCACAGGGCCUGCAGCGACUACUCUGAGAUGAGAGCCACCCACGGGUCCAACUCCCUGCCCUCCAGCGCCCGCCUUGGGUCUUCGGGUAACUUGCAGUUUAAGGCGGAACGCAUUAAAAUCCCGUCAACGCCCAGAUACCCCCGCUCUGUCGUGGGCUCCGACAGAGGUUCCGUGUCACAUUCUGAAUGCAGCACCCCUCCGCAGUCACCCCUGAACAUCGACACCCUGUCCUCGUGCAGCCAGUCCCAGACCUCAGCCUCCACAUUGCCCAGGAUCGCCGUCAACCCCGCGUCCCUCGGGGAGCGGAGAAAGGACAGGCCUUACGUGGAGGAGCCGCGGCACGUGCGGGUGCAGAAGGGCUCGGAGCCACUGGGCAUCUCCAUCGUGAGUGGAGAGAAGGGUGGUAUCUACGUCUCCAAGGUGACCGUGGGGAGCAUCGCGCACCAGGCCGGCCUUGAGUACGGGGAUCAGUUGCUGGAGUUCAAUGGCAUAAACCUGCGGAGUGCCACGGAGCAGCAGGCGCGGCUCAUCAUCGGGCAGCAGUGUGACACCAUCACCAUCCUGGCCCAGUACAACCCCCACAUGCACCAGCUCAGCAGCCACUCCCGGUCCAGCUCCCACCUGGACCCUGCUGGCACCCACUCCUCUUUCCAGGGCAGUGGAUCCACCACCCCAGAACACCCCUCUGCCAUCGACCCACUGACGAAGCAGGACGAGGGCCCUGGCACCCCCCCGGCCAAGCAGAACACCCCCGGCUCCAGGAUUGCGGGAGACGCCAACAAGAAGGCCCCAGAGCCACGAGUUGUCUUCAUCAAAAAGUCCCAGCUGGAGCUUGGGGUGCACUUGUGCGGUGGGAACCUGCACGGGGUGUUUGUGGCCGAGGUGGAGGAUGACAGUCCUGCCAAGGGUCCUGAUGGCCUCGUGCCAGGGGACCUCAUCCUCGAGUACGGCAAUCUGGAUGUGCGGAACAAGACGGCCGAGGAGGUCUACGUGGAGAUGCUGAAGCCCAAGGACGGCGUCUGCCUGAAGGUGCAGUACCGCCCCGAGGAGUUCACCAGGAUCAAGGGCCUGCCUGGCGACAGCUUCUACAUCAGGGCCCUGUACGAUCGGCUGGCAGAGGUGGAGCAUGAGCUGAGCUUUAAGAAGGAUGACAUCCUCUAUGUGGAUGACACCUUGCCCCAGGGCACGUUUGGGUCCUGGAUGGCGUGGCAGCUGGACGAGAAUGCCCGGAAGAUCCAGCGGGGGCAGAUUCCCAGCAAAUACAUGAUGGACCAAGAAUUCUCCAGGAGGCUCAGCACAUCCGAGGUCAAAGAUGACAAUAGUGCCACAAAGACACUGUCGGCGGCUGCACGCCGGUCCUUCUUUCGAAGGAAACACAAGCACAAACGAAGUGGGUCCAAAGAUGGCAAAGACCUCCUCGCCCUGGACACCUUUUCCAGCGACUCCAUUCCACUCUUUGAAGAUUCCGUGAGCCUGGCCUACCAGCGGGUGCAGAAGGUGGACUGCACCUCCCUGCGGCCUGUGCUCAUUCUGGGGCCUUUGCUGGACGUGGUGAAGGAGAUGCUGGUGAACGAGGCUCCCGGCCAGUUCUGCAGAUGUCCCCUUGAGGUGAUGAAGGCCUCCCAGCAGGCCAUCGAGCGGGGCGUCAAGGACUGCCUGUUUGUUGACUACAAGCGGAGGAGCGGCCAUUUCGAUGUGACCACGGUGGCUUCAAUCAAGGAGAUCGCAGAAAAGAACCGGCACUGCCUCCUGGACAUCGGCCCGCACGCCAUCGAGCGGCUGCACCACAUGCACAUCUACCCCAUCGUCAUCUUCAUCCACUACAAGAGCGCCAAGCACAUCAAGGAGCAGAGAGACCCCAUCUACCUGAGGGACAAGGUGACCCAGAGGCAUUCCAAAGAGCAGUUUGAGACGGCGCAGAAGGUCGAGCAGGAGUACAGCAGGUACUUCACAGCGGUCGUCCAGGGAGGAGCCCUGCCGAGCAUUUGCACUCAGAUCUUGGCGACGGUCAGUCAGGAACAGAACAAAGUCCUGUGGAUUCCAGCCUGUCCGCUCUAGGAGAACGCCAUGCUGUGACAUGACCGCGCUGGCCACUGGUGUGAGUGCCUGGCUCCGCCCCUUGCUAGCCACUGAAAACCCAGUCUGUCCGUGUACAGACGUUCGGGGAAGGAUCCGGAACCAGGACUGCGGAACACCGCCUUCGCAGACGGAGGGCCGCGGCCGCACGUGAUCGGCCCGGGCCGGCAGACUCUGCUUCUCUCACACGUGUGCUUUAAGACAAAACAAAACAGAAAACACAAAAGACUUCAUUCACAUAGAGGGGUUCGACACCCACCUUUCUUUAGCCAGCCGAUCCGAGAUGCUGCAAAGAGGACCUUUCAGAUCACACGUUUACAAGCCUUUCUAAGUAUUGGGUGGUUUAUGUUUACUUGAACGGCUCCGGGCUCCGGUGCCCAGCCCCCGCCCCCUCUGUCACCCCCCAUGGCUUUGGUGUUGGCUUUGUUCCCGUCUUCAGCAAAAGGACCCUGGAACCUCACUGGGGGCUGCUUUGCUUUGGGAGGUUCUCGUCAGUGGGACCAGAGCUUUGACAAACUCCCUGCUCCUCUGUGGCACCUCCCUGGAAGGACAGCGUGACUGCAGGUGCUCGGACCGCCGGUGGCGGCAGAACCAGUGCCUUUGUGGGGCCGACUCGCCAGCAGCAGCGUUUUCCUCCUGCACCAGGGCAGGCUGCCUUGGCGUUCUUACCACCUCGCCUCUCAGCCUCCCCUCCUGCCUUCCACGGCCUCCCGUUCCUUCUCCGUCUGUGUUUCUGACUUAGGCAUUAUGUCUGGACCCUCAGAGCCGCGCGGGUUCACAAGGACACAGCUGGGUUCUGGGCAGGGUGUCAAGCCAGGGCUGAUGCAUGCCGUUGAGUCCUCCUUAGGUUCUUAGUCCUGACAGCCUUUAUCAGUGCAAUGUUUGCAGGGUAAUUCUUAAACUUUAUAGGGAGUGGCAGGUACAUCCAUUCUUUUUUAUGUGAAAACAUUCAUGUUUCAGACUUUGAAUUGAGAGCUUUUAGGGGAAGCAUAAUGGUUAGUGUUGUCAUUAUCAAAAAUCUAAAAAGAAAAACUAGGAUCUUCUAAUCUUGGUUACAGCACUCACGGCAUGAAGCUUACUCCAUGAAGGUGUCUUUGUUUGGGGGCUUUUUUUCUUUUUUUUUUUGCACUUCUGAUGCUGGAUAUGUCUGGCUGAAGAUUUGAUGUGAUUUCUCCUUAAACUGUGCAUCCUGUUAAUACUAGGUACUGUACCGGGCUCUGUGUACGUGUCAUUGGGGUAGGAUCUAUAUUUUAAUACUGUUCCUAACAUUUCAUUUUACUAGCAAGAAAUUUCUGAUUUCAUUUUAUUCUUUGUAAUUCUAGACACUAGAUGGUAGUUUAGCCAUUACUGACAUUUUUUAAAAAGGGAUAUAUUUUCUUGCACAGUUGUUCAAAAAAGAGACAAGUUUCAGUCCUCAAUGCUGUCCUUUGUUUUAUAGGUACACGUUUUCUAGCUCAGACAACUGAGAAAACCUGUAGGCUAUUCUCGAGGUAUGAAGUGGCACACCCUCUGGGGCAGGGGCUCGGACUAUGAUGGUACAGUGUGCGCAGACAGGUACUGAGCUGACAGACUGGGAUUCUCCGUACUAAAAUGUUACUUUGUAUCAAAAGUUAAACAGACUUUAGUACAGCAAAUAAAGGUCAAUUUCUGUA